UUGACCAUCGCAAUUACCGACUCAGAGACCCAAUCAAAAAGCCCGAGCUGAGUUCUUAAAGUACCCUCUGCAAUUUUACCCUUUACCCACUUUCUUCUUCACUUACCCAAUACUUCCACAAAUUCACCUUCUUCCCUCGGGAAAUCUCUCAGCUGUACAACUGUAAAAUCCUCCGGUAUGCUGGAAAAUUCAACUUUACCGGCCAAUCCAAGCUCGCCCGCAAGCGACCGGAGAGCCGAGGAGGUCGCCGGCGAUGGUGGGUCCGUCUCAGUUGGGCUUGAGGAGGAAGAGAGAGCCGGACUUGAACAGGGUUACCGGAACUGGGCCGGUAACCGGUGGCCUCGGCAGGAGACUCUGGCUCUGCUCAAGAUAAGGUCAGAUAUGGACGCGGAGUUCAAGGCAGCCACCGCUAAAAUGCCUCUCUGGGAAGAGGUUUCAAGGAAAAUGGGAGAGGCUGGAUAUAGCAGAGAUGCCAAAAAAUGCAAGGAGAAAUUCGAGAACAUAUACAAGUACCACAAAAGGACUAGAGAAACGCGGUGUGGUCGAUCAGCUGGCAAGACGUACAAGUAUUUUGAGCAGUUAGAGGCUAUAGAGCAACACCAUUUUGAACAUCUUCCCCCUGCUGAAACGGUUCAAGCUGAAACAGCGGAAACAGCAGCAACAAUCCCAAAGGAUGGUGUUUCCCAUGCAAUCCCCCCGUGUUCUUCAAUUCAACACCAGCUUUCGAGUUUUGUUGAUAACUCGACUCCCACCACAUCAUGUUCAAGCAAAGAGUCUGAAGGCACGCACAAGAAGAAGAGGAGGGUAACUGAGUUCUUUGAGAAGUUGAUGAAGCAAGUGAUCGACAAGCAAGAGAAUUUGCAGACCAAGUUUGUAGAGGUGAUGGACAAGUAUGAACAAGAUCGGGUAGCGAGAGAAGAGGCGUGGAAGAUGCAAGAAAUGGCUAGAAUUGAGAGAGAGAGAGAGCAGCUAGCUCAAGAGAGGUCUGUUGCAGCUGCAAAGGAUGCUGCUGUUCUUGCAUUUUUGCAAAAGUUUUCAGAACAAGCAGCCUCAGUGCAUAUGCCACCAGGCCAAGCAUGCUCAGUUCAAAUUCCAAAUCAACCGUCCUCGGUGCAACUGCCCAUGCAAGCAUGCUCAGUGCAAUUACCAAAUCAAUCAUCUUCUGUGCAACUGCCGGUGCAAGCAUCUGCAGUCCGAGUUCAAAUGCCUGAUAACUCACCUUUGGCUAACACAGUAACUGACAAGCAGAAAAAGGAUGAAGAUUGGGAGCGUCUGCAUAGGAGUUUGGAAAGGCCAGACAAGAAUAAUGGUGGAAGUCAUACGCCUAUUGGUUCUACACGGUGGCCUAGAGAAGAAGUUGAAGAUUUGAUUAAGCUGAGAUCUAAUUAUGAUUUGCAGUAUCAAGAAAAUGGAUCUAAAGGGCAUUUGUGGGAGGAGAUUUCAGCAUCCAUGAAAAAGCUUGGUUAUGACCGGAAUGCCAAGAGGUGCAAGGAGAAGUGGGAGAACAUAAACAAGUACUACAGAAGAUUAAAAGAUAGCAACAAGAAAAGGUCUGAGGAUUCAAAGACAUGUGCUUAUUAUAAUGUGCUUGAUGCUUUGUACAACAAGAAGACUAGUAAGGCUGAGAAUCAAGUUGACUCUAAUUAUGAAUUGAGGCCUGAGGAGCUAUUGAUGCAUAUGAUGAGUGGGCAAGAAGAGCAGCAACAGCCGGAAUCAGUGACUCAGAAUGGUGAUAGUGACAAUGUUGAGAAGAUUCAAGAAGAUAAUGGAAGUGGAGAGGGAGUGGGAGAUGUAGCUGGAGAUGGCUAUCGGAUUGUAGCUGCUAAUCCUUCUCCAAUGGAACAAGAUAAUCCUUCAGUGGCAAUUAUGAGCUGAGGUUAAGUGAUUUAUGAAAGCUUAAGUUGGUGUGUCUUGUUUUUGAAGUGAGUCGGUUUCCAAUUUUUGGUUACCACAUGGUUGUUGUUCAGAUCGUAGUUUUGAGAACUGUUGAGAAGUUUGUUUUGUUUUAGUGCAGUGUAAAAUGGGAUCGUAGAAAGAAAUCUAUACUUUCAUCGUUUGUUGAAUAGAAGAUGGUAGAGACUAGGGAGAGAAUAAAGGAGGGAUAUUGUAUUUGGCUGCUAUGUGGCUUUUGGAUGGUUUAUUCCCUGUUUGUAAAAGUAUGAAUCUCAUUCAUGAAAUUUAUCGUUCUUUAACUGUUCAGCUA